UCAUACGUUUUGGAAUCAAUUGGUAUUAAACAAGAAAACAAUUUAUAUGUGAGAUUCAAAGUGGUAUUGAAAAUAUCAGACAUGGAUAAGAUCUAUCAUUUGUGCUCGGUUUUGACAUUUUUUAUUUUAUGUUUGAAACUAUCUUCUGCUGUAGAGACCAAGUUGACCAUGGAGUUUAUUUUUGAUGUUUUGUCGCGUCGCUUGGAUAACUUAGCGUUUGAAAUACAUGCUUUCAGAAUGGAUUCUCAAAAGCGUAUGGAAGAUAUGGAUACUAAGAUAAAAGACAAUAUACCACUACGAAAACCUGUAUCCUCUGAAAUCCAAGGGCAAAUACAAAGACAAAUCAAGCAAGAAAUGGAGAAACAUAUCAAUGUUUUUCAUAGAAUGUUAUCAGCCGAGAAGAAAGCCAUGCACGAUAUGAGGGAGCUAUUCAGUAACCAGUGGAAAAACGUCAGUCUCAUUGAACAUCGAAUUCCUUCAAUCAACAAAUCAUGUGCAGAUUUAAGAACGGAUUUUGAUGGUUUUGAAGACGCUAUCAAGACUAAAGUAGGCGAUUUAAAUAUGAAACUAGAUACCAUGAGGAAAUAUAACACCAAAGGUGAGAAAGGUGAACCAGGUCAGAGUGGUUCAGAUAGAUAUGCAGGCAUAAGAGGACCACGAGGCAUACCUGGCAGAGAUGGGUCACCUGGGCUUCCAGGUAUUGAGGGAAAGCCUGGUCUAAAAGGGCCGAAGGGCGACUGAACAGGAUUAGAUGGUCUACCUGGGAUUCAAGGUCGAAAGGGCGAUACAGGACCGAAGGGUGAUAAAGGGGAUGAAGGUUCACCGCACACUAAAAGGACAGCGCGGAGAAAGAGGACCAAAGGAAGACAAAGGAGAUAAAGGUUCGUCAGAAUCAAACGGAGAAAUGUUCGGACGAUAAGGAAAUCUUUACUGAAUAACCCCAAGGAGAAACUAGUAACACUUAAAAGAUUUUAGCUAUUUCGUAUAGUAUUAUAUUUAAAUAUAUGCAUUAUAAUGGUAGAGAGAUACAAACAAUAGACAACAAAAUAUAAACAUCAUAGUCAUCACGGCGUAUUGUGUGGUUUGCAUUUAGUGCUCAUCAAUAAUGUCAUAGAGUAAAAUUUAUC